AUGAUAGCAAAUGAAAAUCUAUCUAUCUAUCUAUCUAUCUUUUAUCUAUCUUAUUCUUGUAUAUCUGAUCUAUCUAUCUAUCUAUCGCAGUAUCUCUUCCUAUCAAUCCAGCUCAGUCCAUUAUCUAUCUAUCUAUCUAUCUAUCUAUCUAUCUAUCUCAUAUUCUCUCUCUCUCUCUCUUUCUCUCUCUCCCUACCUCUCUAUCUAUCUCCUCUCGACGUAUUUCUGCCUUGCCCUCUCCCUCUGUUUGUCCGAUGUGUUCUCAGAGGGAUAGGUAGAUUACCUCUCUCUCUCUCUAUCUAUCUAUCUGUCUGUGUGUGGGUGUGUUUUAAUGUGUUAAUGUCUCUUCACAUAUUUCCCCCUUGCUCUCUCUUCUCUCUCCUCCCUCCCUCUCUCUUCCUCUCCCUCCCCCCUCUCUCUCUAUCAGAUAGGCUCUCAGAUGGACAGAUUCUAAAUCUGGAACUCGGGACUGCUUCUAGAUAUGAAGUUAUAUUUUUUUUUCUUCUUUCCAAAUUUUCCAUUUUUUACUCAUCGCAACGAAAGUACUGA